AUGUUUUCCUUCCACCCAAGCCAACUCUCGCUCCUCUUCCUUGCCGCUCUUGCAGCACGGCCGGUCCUCUGCAAGCUGUCCGAAGUUGGAGUCAGCAUCCGGCCAACCUACUCUCAUCCAUUUGAAGGCAGGAUUCCUUCGACAUUGACUGAGCGUGCCAGCAAGAAGAACGACGAUGUACCCAAGCCAGACGUCAUGAACACGACGCUUCACUCUUGCGGAAACGACGAUGGCCCGCGCAAUGUCCUGUGUUUCCCACUCAGCGACGCGCCCAACGACGGUUUCAUCAGCAUGUCCCUUGAUGACGACAUCAGCCCCAUGGGGCUCUGCGACCCCGGACGCUAUUACGACAUUUUGACGCAGAUGAAUGAGAAGUGCACCCAGGGUACGAGCGAGUACUGCACCGCCUCGAUGCAGUACAAAUGCGACUUCGUCGGUGGCGAAACCAAAACGCAGGGCAAAGACGGUGUGCAGACGUGCAUAAUGACAAUGACCUCGGAUCUCAAUCCGAGCGGUGAUGUGGCGUGGAUCAACAAGGCAAUCAAGGGCAUUGCCCAGUCUUUGCUACUCGAUGGGCAUGAAUCUCCUAAAACUGUGCACAUCAAGAAAUGGGACUACGGAUCGCAAGGCGGCAACGGUGGCAGCUCGCUCAAUGUAGCAAUUGACUGCUACAAGCCACCACCCAGUGGAUUUGAUAUUUGCGCAUUUGUCACCGGGCUCAUUGGUGUUUUUGUGCCCUUCAUAGGCCCCGCGUUUGAAAAGGCCGGCACUGUGCUCUCCGACACGACCAAAGCCAUUGUCAGCUCGGCCGCUUCUGGCAGCUCUCAGUUUUGCAUGAUCAAGUAG